CCUAACGUGUCCAUAAAUUCAUUUUUAAAGAUAUUAAUAUUUUAACUUUACCCUCUCAAUACAUAUUUGUUAACAUUAUGCAUGUCCGGAAAAAUUUAAACUUAUUUAAAAAAGUUGGUGAUUACACUGAUAGAGCCUUACGUAAUAAAGAUAAAUUGUCUGUCCCCGGGCAUCGGUUGGCCAAAGUUAGAACGUCUUUUGUUGGGAACUGUAUCCGUUUUUAUAACAAAUUGCCUAAAUGGAUUCUUGAUUUGCCGGACAAAAAAUUUAGAAAUUAUAUGAAAGAAGUACUUUGUAAAAAGGCAUAUUACAAGUCUGAUGAUUAUGUGAACGACAAUAAUGUCUGGCCCAAGCAUGGUGCAGUAUCCUCAUAAGAUAUGUAAUUGAUUUAUGACAUUAUUACGUACGUUUUGUACAUUUAGCUUUUUAUUUAUAUAUAUAUAUAUAUAUAUAUUGUGUGACAAUUUUCAAUAAUUUUAUUGGAAAUACAUAUUUUAUUUUAUUUAUUUAUUCAAAUUUUGACAUUUUUAAUAAUGAUGUAAAUAUUCGUCCUCCUAAUUUUUAUUAUAUAUAUAUAUAUAUAAGACCUAUAUUUGUUAAUUGACGUCCUUGGAGAAAAGGCUGCGGUGAAGUUUGUUGCGCCGCUUCUUCUUCACUUGCGCUUUGGAAGCCGGCAGUAGACUUUUAAGUAAUUUUUUUGACGUCAAUAAGUGAUGUAUAUCAUCCUAAAUUGAAUAAAGAAAUUUGAAUUUGAAUUUUGACCUACAAGAAAGAACGAUGCUUUGCUCAAAUAAAAUUCGGAAUUAAAAGAAGAGCCAAAAAAUCCACCUCAAAGAAAGUAGUAUUUAAACGAUCUAUUUAAAAUUAAUUUAUAAAUCGGAGCAUUUAGCGCCACCUAUGAGAGAAUACAGGUUUUUCGCUAAUCUCAUAUGGAACCAUCUGGGAACAAUAGCUUUUUCCUGAAUAAAAAGUAUCCUAUGUCCUUCUCUGUACUCAAUUAUGAAGAGGUUACAAACUUACUUUCGCAUGUAUAAUAUUAGUUGGGACUGGGAUACUUGCAGAGCAUAAAUAAAUAUAUCAGCACAAAUCACACAGAUUGAGCUAGCCCCAAAGUUCUAGACUUGUGUUAUGGGAUACUAAUUCAACGAUACUAUAUUUUAUAACAUAUACAUACAUAUAUAAAUAAACAUCCACCGACCGACUACUAUAUUAUUGUAUCAAAGUAAUAUGUUCGUAUUUUUCGUAGCCCAGUUGUAUACGAUGUUGGGAACUGAUCCAACUAAUGGACUGACAUCAAACAGAGCGGCAGAGCUGUUAGACUACUAUGGACCGAAUAGGCUCACACCGGCGACUCAAAAUGGUUGGGCGACGGUACUUUUUAAAUCAUUGUGUACAGAUAAUGAAGACAUUCAACAACAUGAUUCCCGUGUGCACGAGAUGUAUCCGCGAUGGCCUGCUCUACGUCGAGACGCCCGUGGUCAACUUGGUCAAAGGCGAUAUAGUCAAAAUCCAAGCCGGAGACAUUGUACCUGCCGACAUCAGAAUCAUAAACAGCAAAGGAUUUAAAGUGGACAAUUCUUCAUUGACUGGAGAAAGUGUAGCAGUGCCGCGCAGCAACAGCGAAGGUGUCGCCAACAUCCUGGAAUCACCUAACGUUGCAUUCUUUUCUACUCAAUGUGUCGAAGGCUGGGCAAUGGGCGUAGUGAUAUGCUGCGGCGACCUGACAGCACUGGGCCGGGUGGCUGGUCUGGUGGCCCGACUUCGGCCGGCGCCCUCUCCCCUUGCUCGAGAAAUCAAGCGUUUCAUGCGUUUCGUCUCGAUCUGGGCUUUAUUGCUCGGCGUGCUUAUUGCUUUUUCAUCCUUGAUGCUUGGAUAUCCAUUUAUGCAAACAACCAUAUUUGUAAUUGGCAUCAUAGUGGCAAAUGUUCCAGAAGGUUUGCAGCCAACAAUCACGGCUUCAUUGACUCUCACAGCUCAGAAUAUGGUAAAAAAGAACUGCCUUGUAAAGAACUUGGAAGCUAUCGAGGCGUUGGGCGCUUGCAACGUGAUCUGUUCGGAUAAAACCGGGACUCUAACUGAGAACAAAAUGGGUGUGCAGAAUGUAUGGAUGGCCAACAAGACUUAUUUAAUAACUGACCCUGAAUUCGCAAAUGUAGCACAGUAUCAUGAAGCUUUUGCUGCAAUGACAUUAUGCGGUGCUCUAUGUACUAGCGCAAGGAUACAACUUGAAGGUGGCAUCCAGGGCGACGCUUCGGAGACAGCUAUUUUAAAAUUUUUAGGUCAAUAUGACGACAUUACUUUAAUAAGAGAAAGAUUUCCUAAAGUCGCUGAAAUACCUUUUAAUUCCACUAAUAAAUAUCAAGUAGGAAUUCAUCUUGUCACAUCAUCUUCAAGAUAUUUGCUGGUGAUGAAAGGGGCACCAGAAUGCAUACUACCUCGUUGCUCAACAAUCACACUUGAAAAGAAAACUGUCGAUUUCUCCAAAGAGCUACGGCUAGCAGCGGAGAAAUCAUGUGAUAACCUUGCCAACACUGGUGAAAGAAUUUUAGCAUUUGCAGAUUUAAUGUUGGAUCCUAAUAAGUUUCCUUUUAAUUAUAAAUUUGAUGGAGACAACAUAAAUUUCCCAUUGGAAAAUUUACGUUUCAUUGGAUUGAUGGGAUUGAUAGACCCACCACGACAGGAGGUAAAAGAAUCAAUAGCAAGGGUGAGAGCGGCAGGUGUCCGCGUUAUGAUGGUGACAGGAGAUCACCCGGCCACGGCGCGCGCCAUCGCUCGGGAGGUCGGCAUUGCGACCUCGUCUUGUCAUGUUGUCACCGGCACUGAACUCAGAAACAUGACCUCGGAAAUACUGUACUGGACUCUUGAAAAGCACUAUGAGAUUGUAUUCGCGCGCACGUCUCCAACUCAAAAGCUGCAAAUAGUGGAGGCGUGCCAACGACGCGGCAGCGUGGUGGCGGUCACCGGCGACGGAGUCAACGAUGCCCCGGCGCUACGUCGAGCUGACAUUGGGAUAUCCAUGGGAAUCACUGGCUCCCAAGUAUCCCAACAAACUGCUGACAUUAUUUUGAUGGAUGAUAAUUUUUCUACUAUAGCGGUCGGCAUCGAAGAAGGUCGAAGGAUAUUUGACAAUUUAAAAAAGUCCGUUUGCUACAUUUUAAUUUCCAACGUACCAGAAAUUCUACCGGUUCUGAUGUUUAUAAUGUUCUCAAUACCAUUGCCAUUAGGAGUGAUGACGAUACUCUGCAUAGAUUUGGGCACGGAUAUGUGGCCCGCAGUAGCUUUAGGCCACGAGCGAGCAGAGGCCGACGUCAUGGCGCGACCGGCUCGAUCGUCUGAGCCUCUUGUCUCUGCACGAAUGCUCAGACUUGUUUACGGACACUUGGGCUUAAUAGAAUUUUGUGCUGGGAUGUAUGCAUACUUCAUGGUCAUGGCAUCACACGGAUUUUAUCCUAGUGAUUUAUUUGGUAUAAGGAAGGCCUGGGACGACGAAGCAGUUAGUGACGUGCGCGACUCAUUGGGCCAAGAGUGGACGUAUCCAGAACGUAAAGAGCUGGAACGCGCUUGCCAAGCGUCCUACUUUGUGGCCGUUGUUAUUACUCAGAUGAUGAACGGCGUCAUCUGCAAAACUAGAUACAACUCGCUGUUCCAUGUCGGUAUGCGUAACCAUGUUCUGAACUUGGGAUUGGUGUUCGAACUAGUUCUGGCAAGUGUUAUAUGCUAUGUACCUGGUAUCAACGGAUUCUUUCGGACAUACCCACUAAAAUGGCAGUGGUGGUUCUUGGCACUGCCAUUUUCAGCGCUGAUGUUUGCAUUUGAUGAAUUUAGAAAGUACUGCAUUCGCCACAAGUUAAUCGGAGGAUGGUAUAAUGAUAUGACAUGUUACUGAGAUAAUAUAUAUAAAUGGGAAA